AUGAAGGACGAAAAUGAAGAUAGUAUAUCGAGAAAUUUUUUAAAACAAAGAAUAAAAAAUGUGAAAAAUAUCUUAAUUAAGGAAAAUGAGAUGCCUAAAAUUGAUCAAAUCUUCAAGUAUGAACUGAAAUUAAAUUUGACGGAAAUAAAUGACCUAUUGCAUUAUGUGAAUGGAAUUAUAUACAAAAAUGUAGAUACAUUUCAGAAACUCAUAUUGUUGUAUUCCUAUGACGAUAAUAAUGAUUACAAUACGUCCAAUGUUAAGCAAAACACCUUUUUGUACCUACUAAAACAGAAAAUUAAAUUUAGAGAAAAAUAUAAAAAAGAAAACUAUGUAGACUACUUAAAAACAAACCCGCUCAUUUUUAUUGAUACGCUUAACAAUUUACUGAUAAUACCAGGCAUAAGCUUCGAAUUUAAGGUGUACAAUUUUGAUGAAAAGGUCAAUAAAUUCUUUAUCACAAAAUCAGAUAUAAAAAGUAACACCAUGUAUAACCCUUGCUUCAUUAAAUUGAGGAAUGCCCAUUUUAAAAACAUCAUCAAAAUCUCCAGAAGAGCAGACAAGAGUAGCAGAAACAGUGACAAGAAGAGUGACCAAAAAAGCGAACAGCAGAAUGAUAAGCAGAGUGGCAACCAUGGUAGUCAACCAAAUGAAAGACAAAACGAACAGCACAUUGAAUCCUAUUUUGAGAAAAGAAACACACUGUCCAACUCCAAAAUGUUAAACACCAAUUUUGUUUCUGAACAAGACUUGAAUUCGAAAAACGAACAACGUAUCCAUCAUGAUAAACACGGCAGUGAGGAAGCAAAAUGUGAACUUAAAAUUACCCAUAUAGACAACCACUUAGACGAAAAGCGAAACGGAGAAAUAAGCCGGGAAAUGGAGCUAACUGGUAACGUUAACUGCAAAAAUGACAAGAAUUUCGCUCAUCCUCAUGUCGCCUCUGAUGUUGCAAUGGAAAAAGGGGAUAAAAGGAAACGGAAAAAGCGAAACACUGUCAACACCACCCGGAUCUUGGAAAGUAACAAUAGCACACACUACAAGAAAAAACAUAAAACGACUAAUACGAGCAACGGAGUCGAUAAGGAAAACAGCGAAACGGUCUUCUUGAAUGGGUUAAAAGAGAAAGCUCAAGAUACGAACGGUUCAGAAUGUGCGGAUGAUGUGGAAGAUAUAGCAGUAACGGCAGAAGACGAAGGGAUGGAAAAAGAAGAGAAGGAGCGAGAAGAAGAAUACGAAUUCGAAAGUAGCCGCAAUGACGAUAGCAGCAGCAAUAAAGGCGCCCACUUCUUUUACAAUUUGGUGAACCAAUAUGAAGUAUACAUAAACAACGUAAAGUGCUACAUAGUGUUUGAUUUAAAGAGCUGUUACAAAAAUUUAGACAUUAUGAUAAAAUUAAAAAAAAAUUUGGAGGAGUUGAAAAAACCAAACAACGUUUUCAAAGAAAUUAUUAACAAAAAAACAUUUAAAUCCUCUAGGGACAAAAUUGAAUUCAUAAAACGAUUUAAAAAAAUGAUUAUUCCUAAUUUUAGAAUAGAAAAAAUAAGAAAACAAAGGAACCAUUUAAUUAUUAUCGAAUUAAUGUCAAAGGUACAAAACAGCUUAAUAAUAAAAAGACUAUACCAAGAAUUAACGGACAAAGUCAAUUUGCAUGAUUUAAUAAAGAACGCUCUUGAGUUUUUCACUAAAUCUGUCGAAAAUAUUAAAAAUGAACAUGUGAAGAACUUCUACCUAAGCAUGAUUAAAACGUAUUUUCAAAAUAGCGACUUAUCUGCUAUAGAUUUCAAGAAUCUGGUGCAAUUAUUUAAGAAAAAAGAAGAGCAUCUAAAAAACGAGGAAUUUUAUAAUUUGUUUCAAAACGAUCUAAAUUAUUUAGAAAAAAACAAAAAACAGUGUGAUGAAAUAGAGGAAAAAAUUAACUCCCUAAAAUAUCUAAUAUCAGAAUCUAUACUAAAAGAAAAACAAUUAGAAAGAUCAGUAAAUAGACUACUCCUAAAUCAUGAACAAUCAAAGUAUGGUUAUUUUUAUAAAGUCGACCAAAGUGAUGACAACACUCUGGAUACUACUGAAUAUGGAAAACUACUGGAAAAUUUUUCCAAGGAACCCAUCAAUUUUUACACCAUUUUGAAUAAAAGAAACCUGGACAAGCACGCAUAUCAUGACAUAAGAAAUUUUAACUAUAAAAAAAAAGAUAACGAUGAGGAAGCGCUAAAAAACGACGCAACAACUUCCAGUCACAACCAAGUAAAUAGAAGCAUUGCAACAUCGUGUGAAAACUGUAAAUUGGACGCCGAAGGAGAAGAAGAAAACCAGACAGAAAUAGGAAGCAAAAAAGAAAAACACCACAGUCCCAGCGCCAACGAUCAAAAUGGAGACAGGGACUCAUCAGGCAAUGCACAUAAAUUAUCAGAAAAUCAAUGUGCAAGUCUAAAGGAGAAAAUUGAAGGCGAGAUUAGCAAAAGUAACAACUGUAACAUGCCAAAGCAGGACACCCAAAACGGAGAAAAGGAACCACCUCAUAACUGCAACAACCAAGGGGAUCAUUACAAAUGCAGAAUUAAAAAAACAAACGGCAAUGAUAAAAAUCAAGAGAAGAAAGACCAAUACGAUAAAAAAAUGAACUCCUCCCACAUUGUCGAAACCAAAAAUACACGGAGUUCAGGCACAACAGUUAACAAUGGAAAAAGAAAUGAAGCAUGUAAGGAACAAAAUUGUCGCAAUAAAGAGAAGGAUUCUGGAAAGAACUGCACAUACAGAAGCACAAAGGAAGCACGACUUAAAAAAUCAAGCACGUGUCAAAAUAAGAAACAAGCAUAUUCUAAAGACAAAUAUAAAAACCCUGAAGAAGAAAUGCCAAGUGAGUACGAAACUGAAUGUGAAAGAGACAUCAUUAGAUCUACAUGUGAAAGAAGAAACUUUACAUUUGCCAAUGAAAGACAAGAAGAAAUAAAUAACGAAAUAUUUUACAAAGUAUUUGAGCAAUACCCGUACAGUUUCUUUUCCAAAUCUGUCAAAAAUUAUAAUUUAAUUUUAAAUGAGAAUAAGGAAGAAUCCGAAUUAUCCUGGUUAACUAUGCUAAAAAGAAAAACUCCUAAUAAAUCUAUUUUGCCACCAAGCAGAGACACAUUUAGAGAUGGUACGCAUUUUUCUAAUUGCCGUGCAACGGAACAUACGUUGAAAUUCUUCUUGUCCCUUUUAUCCCUAUUGACAAAGAGCGAUAUUGACAUCAAUCUGAAGCAAUAUUUAAAGAAAAACAUUCAGUUUCUAAAUACAGAACUAUUUAGUAUGAAACUAAAUUUAGAUAAAAGAAGGGCCAUACUUGAGAAACGACUAGACCAUUUCAAUUUCCAAGAGAAUUCCGAAUUCUCCUUUUACAAUCCAUUAAAAAUGAAUAUACGUAUGAUGAAUUUAAUCGGAAGAGGAGGCUUCGCAGAAGUGUGGGAAGUUUUCGACUCCAUAAAUUUAGAAAUGUACGCAGCCAAAAUUCACAAAAUUGAACCCAGCAUGACCAACGAGAUUAAAAAUAAAAUCAUCCAGAGGGCGGAGAAUGAAAUAAAUAUCCAUAUCCACUGCCAUAGACACAUUUUUAUAGUAAAAUUAGAAUUUUUCUUCGUCUUCGGAUCCGCAACGAACUUAUUAGUUGGAAUGGAAUUAUGCGACAUAGAUUUAGAUAAGUACAUCAAAUCUCAUGGCCCAAUUAAUGAACUUUUAGCGCUAUGUUGGGUUAAACAAAUAUUACUUGGUCUGUUAUAUAUGAAGACGUUACCUACAGGGAAGGUUCACCAUUGUGAUUUAAAACCCGCUAAUCUGUUAAUAAAAGAUGGAAUAAUAAAAAUAUCCGACUUUGGACUGGCUAAACUGAUUUUACCGGAUACUUAUCAGUACUAUAACGGAGGGGGGACUCUAUAUUAUCAGCCACCCGAGUGUUUAAGAAAUAAAAAGAGUCUCCCCAUCACAGACAAAAUUGACAUAUGGUCACUAGGAUGUAUUCUGUAUGAAAUGCUUUUCUGCGAAAGGCCCUUUCAAUUUAAUUAUCUUGAGAAAUGUUCUAAGGAGCUGUUAGUUAACAAAAUGAAAAGAGGUUUAAGUUACCCCAAAAUUAACCAACAAAUUUCAGAGGUAACCCUAAAUUACAUACAGUAUCUGCUAAAUUUUGAUUAUGAAUUUAGACCCUCCAUAGAGGAGGCCUUAGCCUAUCCAAUUUUUAAUUUUUUCCGUAUACCUUAG